AUGGAAAAGAUCAAUAGAAAAUAAAAAUAGACCCUAAGAAUAGUUCCAGAUGACUCUGAGUGUGGCAAUCUCUACCUAUUUUCUAUAGCUAGCUUCUCUCUUGUUAUUGUCAACCUUCACCUUAGGUGCGCACGUCUUAGUUAUAUGGUUUCAUUUCCAUCACAAAAAGGAAGCAUAUAGGUGUAACAUAGCAACAAUGAGCAGCAUCUCCAACAUCAUUGUAGUUUCAACUCUCCGCAUCCUCUUGGCUUGUCUCAUUCUCCACACCACAGCUCAAGAUUCCAGCAGAGAAGCUCUUGAAUUUACAAUUGGUAUCGGCAGUGGCAGCAAAGACAGCUACCUCAGCAAGGGCUGCAACGAUGAACAUCAUACUCUUCCAUUCAAACUCAACUGUCCACUGUCAAGAACCCCUAUAACAACUCUGCCAGCACUUGCUUCGGAAAAGGAAGUUUUGGAGUUUGCUGACCAAAGGCUGGCUCUAGUGUACCCGGUAAUCCAAAAAUUUAAGUCUAUAAUCACCUCCGAUCCGCUUGGCAUCACCGAAACUUGGCUGGGUUCAGAUGUAUGCAGUUAUAAAGGAUUCUACUGUGAUAAUCCCCCUGAUAAUAAGUCUGCAAUAGCUGUUGCUUCUAUUGACUUCAAUGGAUUUCAGCUGGCUGCCCCUACAUUAGAUGGCUUUCUUGAUAAGCUACCAGAUAUUGCCCUCUUCCAUGCGAAUUCCAACAAUUUUGGUGGUACUCUUUCGCCAAAUAUUGCCAAGCUUCGUUAUCUCUAUGAGCUUGAUAUAAGUAACAACCAAUUUUCCGGUCCAUUUCCAGCAGCAGUUGUGGACAUGAGCGGUCUAACAUUCUUGGACAUUCGCUUCAACUUCUUUACAGGGUCAGUCCCUGCUCAAAUAUUUACUCAGAAUCUUGAUGCUCUCUUUAUCAACAACAAUAAUUUCAUGAUUCAGCUGCCUGAUAGCAUUGGCAGCACCCAUAUUCUUUACCUCACAUUGGCCAACAACAAAUUCAACGGUCCACUUCCAAGAGGCAUUUUCAAAGCCUUUCCUUCUUUAGCCGAGGUUCUGCUCUUAAACGACCAGCUAACAGGUUGUAUUCCUUAUGAGAUAGGUUUGCUAAAAGAGGCUGUAGUUUUUGAUGCUGGCAACAAUCAGUUGACUGGUCCUUUACCUUUCUCAUUAGCUUGUUUGGAGAAUUUGGAGCAGCUAAACCUUGCUGGUAACCUUCUGUUUGGAACGGUACCUGAGGUGCUCUGCGAACUUGGAAAAUUGGUGAAUUUAUCAUUGUCUGACAAUUAUUUUAUACAUGUUGGCCCCCUAUGUAGGAUUUUGAUUGAGAGAAGAGUGCUUGAUGUAAGGAACAAUUGCAUUCCUGGUCUUCCAUUUCAGAGAUCGAUAGUGGAAUGUGCAAAUUUCUUUGCCCAUCCAAUGUUCUGUCCUCGAAUGUGGUCUUACACUUUCAUUCCUUGUAAGCCUUUUACCUAUAGUUCUUCAAUUCCUGAAAUGGCUCCUUCACCUUAAUCUUCUUACACUGCACAAGCAAGGAAGCAGUGGCUUUUUAUUUUUAAAAUUGUGACACUAUUGUAUGAAUGCUUAUGAUGAAUUAUUCUUUCUUUCACUUCUAUAUAAUGAGAAUAUGAGAUAUGGUCUUGG